GAGUGAGUGCUGAUGCCCAACCGACAUUUACAGUAGUUUGUCAUCGGAUGAGGGGAGACGAGGAGGCUUUGGUACACUAUGGACCUGGCCCGAGGUGAAUGGAGGCGAGCUGGGCCUACCGAUGAACAAACAUGAUGUUAACAUGUUGGGCUCGAUGGGCCUGUUUAUCGAUACAUGGGCCUAACGUGCAGUAAGUAGCGUGUCCUCGUCCCAGCUAGCAAAACAGUAGACCAUCUCGUCGAUUCGUCACCACAGGAAGGCGGGCCCAGGAUGAAUAAGCUAGGCCCUACUUACUCACCCACCGAGGCCCAUCCCACUCUCUAGCAGCAGCCAGCAGGGGCGGCAUAGACCACCGAUAGAAAGUUAUGUUAGUUAUUGAGAAGACGGGACGGGGAGGGGAGGGAUGAAAUGAAAUCUAUGAAACUUCCUCUGACACAAUUUUCCUCUCGAUUCUUCUUCCGAAGCUUCCUUACCCAAUCUCACCCCAAAUGGAACUCCUCUCCGAGUCCAAACCUGAGGAUAACGAACCCGAUCCUCCUCCUCAUCGAGUCAUGCACUUCAAUGUCCCAAGCAAUGCAAAUCCAGUCCCACAUGACUCGCACUUGCCUCAUCUCCCACUUAUUUCCCGUCAGCAGACUCCUCUCCUUCAUUGCCCUCGACGACAAUGGUGAUCUCGGGUAUGCAGUCGCCCUAUUCGCGCAGAUUCCCCAGCCCAACGUGUACGUUUGGAAUACACUUAUCAGGGGUUUUGUUAGAAAGGGCCUUUUUGAUGUGGGGUUUGGUUACUUCGCUCGAAUGGUGGGAGAACGUGUGGAGAUGGACGAGAGAAGCUUUGUGUUUGGGCUCAAGGCUUGUGGGGGUUUGGGAGACGUCAGGGUUGGGGAGAGUGUGCAUUCCAGGGUCUGGAAAUUAGGGUUCGUAGAGGCUGUUAUUGUUAGGAAUGGUUUGAUUCAUUUCUACUGCGAGAGAGGCGAUUUGGUUUGUGCAAAGAGGGGUUUUGACGAGAGUGGAGUGAGGGAUGUUGUCACCUGGACGACCAUGAUUGAUGGGAUGGCCAAGAAUGGGAUGUCUGACGAUGCAUUGAAGGUGUUCAAUGAAAUGUGUCAAAGAGGGGUGGGGCCUAAUGAGGUUACCCUGGUGGCAGCACUCUACGCCUGCGCGAGGAAGGGUGAUUUGGUUGUCGGGGAGAGAGUCCUUGCGUCUGCGGCGAGGCUAGGGGUUAGGCUUAGUGUGAGUGCGACGAACGCAAUGCUGGAUAUGUAUGCUAAGUGUGGGGCCAUGGAGAAAGCCGGAGAGGUUUUCGAGGCUAUGGAAGCGAAGGAUGUGUUUUCUUACACGUGUAUGAUAGAUGGUUAUGGUAAGCACGGGCAUGUCGAGUUGGCUCGAGAAGUGUUUGAUGGUAUGCCGAAGAGGAAUGUGAUUUCAUGGAAUGCAAUGAUUGGGGGGUAUUCUCAGAACAGUAGGCCCAAGGAAGCUUUGGAGUUGUUUCAGAAAAUGGAGGGGCAAGGUUUGGCGCCGAUGGAGAGCACAUUGGUGUUGGUUCUCUCCGCAUGCGCGCAGUCCAGCUGUAUGGAGACGGGACAAAGGAUCUACGACUGUUAUAUCGAGCAGAAACGGAUUCCUCUUACAGUAAUACUUGGGAAUGCAUUCAUCGAUAUGUAUGCCAAGUGUGGUGACAUUGAUGCGGCCAAAGGGAUGUUUGAUAAAAUGACGAGGAAAGACUUGGUGUCGUAUAAUUCUAUGAUCACAAGUUAUGCAGCGCAUGGUUUUGCAGAAAAGGCCAUUGCGCUAUUCGAGAGCAUGAGGGAAGUGGGGAUUAAACCAGAUAUAAUCACGUUUGUUGGAGUGCUCUCGGCUUGCGCACAUGGAGGAUUAGUUGUGGAAGGGUGGGAUUAUUUUAAUGACAUGGGAUUGUUUGGAUUGGCUCCUACGAUGGAACACUAUGCGUGCAUGGUUGAUUUGCUUGGGAGAGUUGGGCUAUUGAGCAAAGCGCAUGAGUUGAUAAGAUCAAUGCCCAUGCCCAUGGAACCCGAUGAAGGCAUUUGGGGAGCUCUUCUGAACGGUGCUAGGAUGCAUGGAGACAUUGAGUUGGGUAAACUCGCGGCAGAGAAGCUUAUGGCUCUAAAUCCAAGUGAUAGUGGGGCGUACAUGCUUCUGGCGGGUUUAUGUGCAAAACAGAGGGAAUGGAGUGACGUGAGGAUGGCUAGGACUUUGAUGAGGGGUAAAGGGGUAAAGAAGAUCCCGGGGUCGAGCUCUAUAGAGGUGGAAGGCGAGUUUCAUGACUUUCUCGUGGGAGACGAGUCGCAUCCUGAGUCCGAAGCUAUUUACAGAGUCUUGGAGGAGAUCUGGUUGUUCUCUAAGUGGGAUAAUCAUUCAUCGGGGAUCGACGUGUGUUUGUAAAACCAUAAAGAGGUUACCUGCACGAGAAAAGCCAUGUCGAUGACUAGUGUCCGGAUGACGCCGAUGACAAGCCCCAGGACUCCAUUUGCCACGGUCGAAGAACCGAUGUCAACAUCAAUCUACACAGAUUGAAUGGAAAGACAGUCAAAUGCGCUCUCAUUCUUCUCUCACCUAGGAAAAUUUGUCGAAGACAACUACACUAAAGAUGGUCUUACUUCCAGGUAAUUGAGGCCGCGGAAAUAGUUGCAGUCGACUGCUUUCCCUAGCAAGCAGGCGGAGCUUCCAACGCUCUGGCGUACGAUCCACGAGCCCUGCAUGGUUCAUGGCUGCAA